AUGUUCAAAAUAUUGUCUGUCGUCGUAGGUUUAGUAGCGAUUAGGCUUGCCAUCUCCUACGCCCAGGCCGUCGCACUUGAGAUGCGGGAAAAGCCCACAUCAAUGAUCCCAGUCGUCGGUAUUUCGCUCACUGCAAACCAUGCGACAGCAGCCGUUCGAUGGCCAAAUGGGACUUUCGAAAACCUAGGUCGGGUGGAGGCAUCGAAGGCGUAUGUGAAAAUGAUGGAACGUCUCUCUUUGCGCUCAUCGAUGCAUCUAACUCGACCAUACGGUAGCAUGGAAGACAUGUGGGACGACAUACCACGAGCACUCUGGCGAAACACACGGAAGAAGCUUGGGCUGGCAGGUUCUGGCGACGCAGCUAUGCUCGCCAAGAUGCUCAAAGCGACAACGAACAUGGCGGAGAAGAAACUUGGGUUUCGAGUAUGGGUGAUACAGAGCUUUCCUCCAUUAUUCGCUUUGUACCAGGAACACGUCGCCGAUGCCGCCGAGUAUAUCGGACUUCGCGCGCUAUCAAACGAUGUGAGAUAUCAGAUGCAUGAACUCACUGCCGCAUAUGCCGGGCAUGGAAUGGGGCUAGAUGAGAGCGACGUUGAACUGGUAACCCGUGGCAAGAAGCCACACGAGUACGGUGGACGACAUACAGUCCUUGUAGAGUAUACCGAAACUGCGAUUUUGCUGCAUGGCGAGCCGAUGGUAUAUGCUCACAAUAUCGCGAAUGUCGAAUACCAUGCCCGGUCGAGUUUUGAGCUGGGCAGCAGUAAUUUAGCAUCAGAAGAGCAGGUACGUGAAUUUGUGCUGGAGUACUUGCGCAAGGUGUAUCAUGGUUAUACGCAGUAUCCCUUUGUCUAUCCCAAGGAAUUCACUGUCAUAAUGACGGGAAGCGCUGAAAGUGUUGGCCGCGAGGAGAUUCGAGCGGCAAUUGCAGAAGCGGUGAGAUUGUUUGGAUUCCAGGUUAGGAUCCUGUAUUCUGACCCUGAAUAUGUGGCAGCGAGGGGCGCGGCUGAGAUAGCAUGGCGAACUUUACUAGAGGCGGAGAAGAAGAAGAAAAAGAAGGAGAAGACAGAGCUGUGA